GGGGGAUUGACGCUGUUGCUCUUAUCGGCGAUCUGGGGCCUGGCUACCUACGUACUUGUAUCAUAGCUUCCAGGACAACUUCUUCCUUCCCCACCAUCAGGUCAAUUAGAUCAUUUCGACUUUCUUCCUGUUUUCUUCCCGGUUUCUACCGCUCCGUAGUCGACAAUGCUGCGGUGGUACCAGACGAAGUUGGCCAAGCAGCCCAUCCUGACGGCCAGUCUGACGAGCGCUGUGUUGUUCGGUAGUGGAGAUGUUCUAGCCCAACAACUUGUUGAUCGCAAAGGAUUUGAUAAGCAUGACAUUGCUAGAACGGGACGCAUGGCCCUUUACGGAGGAGCGAUCUUCGGCCCGGCUGCCACUGCCUGGUACGGUAUCCUCCAACGUCACGUCGUCCUGAAGAGCACCAAGACCACCCUCGUUGCCCGUGUCGUCGCCGAUCAAUGUCUCUUUACCCCGGCCCAUCUUACUUGUUUCUUGUCUUCCAUGGCUAUAAUGGAAGGCACCGAUCCAAUCGAGAAGUGGCGCAAUGGCUUUGUGCCUAGCUACAAGGCCAACCUCACGAUUUGGCCUCUCGUGCAGGGUGUCAACUUCGCCAUCGUGCCACUCGAGUACCGUGUGCUUGUUGUCAACCUAGUCGCCCUGGGCUGGAAUUGCUUGUUGAGCUUGAUUAGCAGCGGCGAGAAUUGAUUUGUUUGAGGCUGCCAUAUAGGUGAGUAUUUUGGUCGUAAAAUCGCCUUUCCGGGUUGCCUCAGUUGUCCAUGUUGGGUAUGUUCUCCGGGGUUCUAGAUAUCGCCCGAUCUAAUUGUUCAUUCUUUAUGGAUUAUUAUACCUCUUUUUUUUUCUUUUUUUUUUUUGGUGCG